AUGACGGUACAUCAGUAUGCUGCUAGGUUUACUGAGUUAUCCCGUUUUGCCACUUAUUUGAUUCCCGAUGAGGAAAAGAAGGCACGCAAAUUUGAGCAAGGACUGAAUGAGAAACUGUAUGUGCGUGUGGUGGGUUUCCAGAUUCGGAACUUCUCAGAAUUGGUGAAUAAAGCAACAGUUUUUGAAAGAACCCUUCAAAGAAGUGCUGCAAUGCAUGAACAGAGGAAAAGGACUACUCCUACUGGGUACCAGUCUGGCAUGGACCAGGGACCAUGGAAAAGGAGGAGUGAAGGUAGUAGUUCAGGAAAAAGGCCGGUUCCGAGUAAUCAGCAGCCCUACCAGUGUAGGACAUGCAAUCAAGUGCACUUCGGAGAGUGUAGAAAAGGGGCGGGAUUGUGCUUUCGUUGUGGCAAAUCAGGACACUACAUCAGGGAUUGCCCAAUGCAAAAUAGGAGCAACCAGACGUUCAUACCGCCACCUCAGAGGAAUGAAGUAUCAGCCCAGGGCAGCAAUCAACGUCCUACUGCGCCUGCUCGAGUCUUUGCACUGACACCUGGAGAGGUUGAGGGUAGGAAUGACGUGAUCACUGAUGCUGAAAGGUUGAGGAACAAGUUAGUGGUUGCGACCCCAACAAGGAAUUCUGUAGUCUGUAGUGAGAUGUUACCUGGAUGCCCUCUUUCUAUAGAGGGAAGACUGAUGCCAGCAGAUUUAAUAGUUUUCCACAUGGUUGGGUUUGAUGUAAUUUUGGGUAUGGAUUGGCUGGCUUCCUACCACGCCAGUAUUGAUUGUGCUAAAAAGGAAGUGGUAUUCAGACCCCCUAAUGAAGGGAUUCCUAGCCUGUGUGGUAGAAGCACCAAAGGGGGAAGUGAUGUUGGAACAGAUACCUGUUGUGAGAGAUUAUCCAGAGGUCUUCCCUGA